CGCGCUGCCAUGACAACAGUGUCCACCGCGGCCCAGGCUAAGCUGCUGCUCCGGCGGGACCGAGGCAGGACCGCGGGCCCGGGCCUGGGCCCUCCGCCGCCGCCGCCUUCGCUGCCGCCGCCCCCAGCUCCGCAUUCCUCUGCCCAGGGCCCGACGUCAGGGCCAACCCCAUGCCGAAGAUGAAGGCGCUGCAGUGCGCCCUGGCGCUGGAGAUCCGCUCCAUAUCUUGUCCACGUCUGCAGCUGAAAGACAAGGAGGAUGUCUAUCUCAGCGUUUGUGUUUUUGGCCAGUACAAAAAGACGCAAUGUGUCCCUCCUGUUUUUCCACUGAUCUUCAACGCCAGAAUGGUGUUUGAAAAGGUAUUUCCUGAAGCCAUAGAUCCGGGAGAUGUAGUAGCACAACUCGAAUAUGACACAGCGGUGUUUGAGUUGAUACAGCUUGUUCUGCCAGUGGGUGAGACACUCUCUAUAUAUGAGGAAAACACGAGAGACUUCAUGUUUCCUGGUCCGAAGCAAAUGUCUGGACACCAUGAUUCAAACCGCCAAGUGAUGAUGCAAAGGAUUUCUGGCAUCAGGGGAGGAACCUGGUGCUUGCAGAAAAUGUAUUUCUCUUCUGGAGGGAAGCAGGAGAACUGGUGGGAUGGACUCACUCUUCUACCCCAGGGACUUGCUCCAAAGAUGGAAUUUUCUACCACCUCUGUGAUCACAGAAUGCCUGAUUAGCUCAAGGAAAUGUCGGGGCCUCCAGGCUCAGGAGAAACCGUCCUACCACGCCAACCCCCUUGAAAGAAGCCAUGGUCGGAUGCAAGUCAGAGGAUCAACAAGAUCAUCCAAGAAGAAGUCCAGAUCCCCUGAGAGACACAAGUAUUACUCCAACCCACGGAACUACGAGCAGCCCACCAUCUCGUCCAAGUCCCACUCCCCAUCCCCAUACACCAAGAGGCGAAUGUGUGAGCUGUCUGAGGACACCAGGCGGCGGUUGGCUCAUCUCAAUCUGGGACCCUAUGAGUUCAAAAAGGAGACUGACAAACCUCCGUUUGUCAUCAGACAUGCUGACCCCCCAAGUCCCAAGCCUGAAAUUCUUCUUGGACCUAAUGUCAGAGAGCCUUCAAGAGAAGGGUGGUGCAAGUUGCACAACGGUGAGCUGGGACCUGUGUAUAAAGAUCACACUCAUCCUGGCAGCUACAGAUCCAAGGAUUAUAAGAUUUCUAACCCAUCUCAUGGAAGAGACCGUGAAGACUCUCUUGAGCGGUGUGAAGAGUACGUUACUAGGCAGUCUAGGCCACACCAUACCGACAGGAUCCUCUUGGUCCAUUCGGCUCCCUCGUCAAUGCAGAAACGCUCUCCCAGCCCUGUGCUCAAUCAGUCAACUCUCAGGGAAAGAUAUCAUUCAGAUUGGUGCUCACCUGCAAACUCAGAUGAAAUACACGAGCGGGUAAAAAAUGUAUUGAAAUCACACGGGGCUCAUCAAAGAUGUCUAUAUGUAAGUGAUGAGACAGACCAGGAAAAAGAUGAGGAGCUGGACCUGAAAAGAAGUUUUUCAUAUAAAGACUCCGUCUGUGAUAGUGAUCCAGAAUACAGUUCCGUAUAUAGGCCACAUCCCUUGGUCCACUUGGAUAAUGGCGAGUACUGGUCCAACCGAGCAGCAGCAUAUAAAGGAAAGUCCCAUCGAGGCAACUUUGAGAACAGCAUGGACAAGAUCUAUAGGAACUUGUACAGGAAAGCCUGUGGUUCCAGCACACAGGAGAGCUUCUAACACCCCUGCCACCCACUGUACUUGUCCGUGCCCGCUUCUCAAUGAAAUCUGUUACUAUAACCAA